AUGGCCCCCUCAAUCGUCCACCUCCCCAACGGCAUGACCCUCACCGUCCAACCCGUCUUCGGCGGCCUCUCCUUCAAAACCAACGACCUCACCUCCCCGCACUCCGCCUUCCCCCCGGGCUGGACCAUCAUCCUCAACAGCGAAGACGACGCCGCCGACCACAUCCCCCCGACCGCCUCCAUGGCCGCCCAUACCCACGCCGUCCACGCCGAGAACGAUCCCACCACCCUCCCCAAAAAGCAAGACAACAAGAACCACCAUGUCCACCGCUUCCGCAAGCCGAGUCUGCAUAAUGAUCAUUUGUUCAUAAGCAGUAUCUCCAACCCGAGUAGUUCGGAGUUCAAACCGAGUUCGAGUCCGACGAGGAGUAUUGCUAUGAUGUUGUGGGCGACGCUGUGGUGGUACUUUCAUCAGCCUGAGCCGGAGCCGUGGUUGACGACUGCGGCGUCGGUGGAUACGCCGUUGGAGGGCAGACCGAAGGGGGAGUGGAGGGUGAAUAUCAAUCGCGAGGGGAUUUUCAAGGGGAAGCAUUUGCUGCCGAAGCUGGAGAGGAUGGGGUUGAUUGCUUCAGAGGACUCGAGUGUGGGGUUGGAUCCGGAGGAUGGGGUGGGGAAUGCUGGGGAGGGCUGGACGAAAAUGUUCGUCUCCCGCAAAUCCUUCUGGCAACUCGACCCGCGCAUCUACCUGUUCACCCUCAGCCCCAACCACGCCUCCUCCCCCUUCCCCUCCGUCUCCCCCGCCUCCUCGCGCCCCGCCUCCCCCAACCGCGGCGGCGCCUCCACACCCACCCACCUCCCCCUCGGCACCCGCACCCCAGACCACGAACCCUCUACCCUCUCCACCCUCGGCUCCGCACCCCCUCACCCCCUAACCCGGCACAACACCCCACCCGGCCCGUACAGCAGCUCCUCCCACCUCCCGACCUUCUACCCCCCGCCUCCAUUACAGUAUACCCGCACCAACGGCCUCCGCCACCCCAUCCGUCCCAAACCCCCGCGGCAAGGCGAAACGUUCUAUACCCGCUUCAUCCCCUCGCUAAACCAAUACCUCUCUCUCCGCGUCGCUUCACGCAGCAGACAGCCGUGCGUGCAUCGCGGCCCGACCGCCACGGGGCCGACGCAAAACACCGAAUUCCGCGUCCCUCGCUCUGGCGCCGCAGGCGCAGCCACAGGAAGCGACGCCCUGGUGCCGACGCUCGGGAACAUGGGACUCGCGGACCGCCUUUCCACGCCCCCACCCCCCGGCUCUUCCGGGGGAGCCGGGGCGGCGGGGGAAGACACCCCCACGACCUCAAUGACAGACGAACAACUCCUGCACCGCUGGAUGAACCUCCCGCGCGUCUCGCACUCCUGGGGCGAACACGGCCCCUUGUCCCACCAAGCAGCCUUCCUCGCUGCCAAUUUAACCUCCACUUCCUCCUUCCCGGCCAUCGGACUCUUCGACGGAAAACCAUUCGCCUACUUCGAGCUCUACUGGGUGCGCGAGAGCGCGCUCGGCGCGGCUUUAGGACCGGGGGAGGUCGGGGAAUGGGAUCGCGGGAUCCACUGUUUAGUCGGCGAGCAGGAGUUUAGGGGGUGGGAGAGGGUGAGGGUUUGGCUUAGUGCGUUGGUGCAUUGGUGUUUGUUGAGCGAUAUGCGGUGUGCGGGGGUUUGGAUGGAGCCGAGGGUGGAUAAUUUGAAGUGA